AUGAGGAUCCCAUACGCGCCCAAAGACCCCGAGAACCCCACGCCCGAAACGAAGGCAAUCUACGAACGAAUCGCAGCUCGUCGAAACCCUCGCCCUCUGAUACCACUGGAUCUCGCCUUGUUGCACAAUCCUGCAAUCGCGGACGGCUACAACUUCCUUCUCGGUGCCAUCCGUACCAAAUCCUCCCUCUCUCCAGCCCUCGCCGAGCUCGCGAUCUGCUAUAUAGCAGUCCUCAAUGAUGCUGUAUACGAAUGGACCGCACAUGCUCCACUAGCUCUGAAAGCUGGGGCGAGUCGCGAGGCACUGGAAGCAGUGCUGAACGAGGAUGUGAAGAAUGAGAAGGCACUCAGUGAGGCCGAAAGAGAGGUCUUGGAGUUCACGAGGCAGAGCACGAAGAACGUUAAAGUGGACGACGAGACAUUUGAGAAGAUCAAGAAGAGGUUCUCGGAUCAAGAGGUCAUGGAGUUGACGAUUACCGUGGCUGGGUACAACAUGGUCAGCAGGUUUUUGGUGGCUUUGGAUGUCACUGAGAGCAAUGGAAAGAAGAUGGAGAUGCCGGGAGUGUAG